UCAGUCUAAAUCGUAAGCUAGUUCAGCACACAUCAGUUGCUAGUUUAUUUCUAUAUACAAAUCUUAUACAUUUUUGUGUUUAGUUUUAUAUAAUUUUUUUGUGAUUCGGAAAAAAAAGUCUAAAUUCAAAGUUGUUGAAAAUUAUUAGUGUAUGCACCGCGCACAGAAAGUCCUUCCCUCCCACAGGACACACACGAAGUACACCCAGAGACACACACACACACAGAGUGAAAAUUCCAUUGCACAAUGAGUCAUCAAAAUAAUACAGACCCAACAGCCACAAAUAUACCACAAUCGACGGUCAUGUAUUCCCAAUUACAGCCAUGGAGCCAUGCAGGAGCACCGCCCUGCAUGGAGCCGAUUAGUGGGCCAUCGAUACCGCCCCGUGUGGGCACAGCAUAUGAGACGACCACACGACAUCCUUGGCGUCCGGCAAUGGCCUAUGAGCUGAUCCAAGUGAAGCAUCUACCCGAACAGCCGGUGACCAAUCAGUUGACCAAACAAUGCUUUCUACCCACGGGCAUGAAGACGGAUGGCAUGAUAUUUCCCAAUUUGGUCACAGGAUUCGAUCGUAAUCCCCAGCAUGCGGCACGUGCGGCUCUCUAUACACGUUAUACGAACAAUGAAUGGCAUAAUAAUAAUAUGACCAAAUAUUCGGAAUCCAAUAUGAAUCGCCACAUGUCGGAGCGAGUGCGCAACGAUGCAGUGCGUUUAAUGCGGGAAUCCGAUGAGAAGGCCACUGCCGGUCAACGUGAUGCCGGCCGUCGUUUGGGUGAACGGAUCACGGAUCUAACAUUUUGGCGUAAUGAGCUAAACACCGAACUGGAGAAACUUAUUGCCGAGAUGUCCGAUAUCAAUGAGCUGCAACGUCAAUGUGGCAAGGCAUUAUUGGAUCUGGAGAUACCAUUGCAUAUUGCCCAAGAAUGCCUGUUCCAUAGGGAGUCGCGUCAGGGUACCGAGAAGGUUCAUGACAUUGUCGAGAAGGCUCUGCUCGUGGAGGUCAACAAUUUGCGUAUAUCACGUGAUCGGCUCAAGGGUCUUCAUGAGAAGAUCACCAAACAGGCGCUCGAUUGCCGCGGGGCUCAGCAUUUGCUUGAGGAUGAUGUCUCGCACAAGGAAUCCUCAUUGGGCAUCGAUUCCAUGUGUCAUCAGUUGAAUAAUUAUAGUCGCGGCAUUACCUAUUAUGGCGGCAUUGAGAAAUACGAUCCAUCUGUUAGCACCCAAGAGUCAUGGGCCCAGGCCAGUAGUGAGCAUGUAAGACGUUCUCAAGCAGAGCGUGCCAAAUUAUCGCAAUUGCGCAGUGAUUCGCAGAAUAUUGUCAAUGCGGUGGCCGCCACUGUGUGGGAUUAUUGGAGUAAUACCAAUAAUUCGUUUGAUCGACGUUCCCAGGAAAUGGCCGAGGCCAAGAAUCGUGUACAAUUGCAUUUGCAGAAGGUGCAGCAGGAGCUUUUCGAUUUAGAGAAGCAUCUAUUUUUGCUGCAAAAGGCCAUACAGGAUAAAUCGAUGCCCCUGAAAGUGGCCCAGACACGUCUGGAGGCGCGUUCCCAUCGUGAGGGUCUCGAAUUAUGCAAGGAUCAUGCACAGGAACGUUUGGUCCAAGAGGUUCAGGACAUACAAGGGACUGUCGAUGUACUGCAUCAUAAGCUACAGGAAACUGAAGCCACACAUCAGAAUUUACUCAAGACUCGUUGUGCCCUUGAGGUGGAUUUGCGUAAUAAGGUUAAUGCCUUAUUUAUUGAUCGUGAGAAGUGCAUGAGUCUUCGACGAUCGUUUCCAGUUAGCAAUUUGAUUCGUUAUUAAUAUCAAAUUGCAACUGUUUCAAUGUGUUAGUUGUGUUGAAUUUUGUUUGUUUAAAACUCUAUGAACAUUGCCACAUCAGGAAAUAUAUGUAUGGUAUAUCGGAUUAAUUGAAUUGAAACUAUGAACAUCGCCACAUCAGGAAAUAUAUGUAUGGUAUAUAUCGGAUUAAUUGAAUUGAAACUAUAAACAUCGACACAUCAGGAAAUAUAUGUAUGGUAUAUAUCGGAUUAAUUGAAUUGAAACUAUAAACAUCGACACAUCAGGAAAUAUAUGUAUGGUAUAUAUCGGAUUAAUUGAAUUGAAACUAUGAACAUUGCCACAUCAGGAAAUAUAUGUAUGGUAUAUCGGAUUAAUUAAUUUGAAACUAUAAACAUCGACACAUUAGGAAAUAUAUGUAUGGUAUAUCGGAUUAA